CAGUCUCUUUAGCUCCAGCCACGCAUACACUCACAGACACUGUCUGCUGUAGACACUUCACAGAUCUGCCUUGGAUUUCUUGACUUCUCUGGACAUUUCCUUACUGUGUUGCCAGAGGAGAGAGAAGAAGAAGAAGAUGAUGAUGGAGACCAAACUCUGGACUGUCCUUUGUGCGCUGCUGCUCAUCAACAUGGGAUCAGCUGACCAUGGUAAUGAUCAUGCUGCUGCCUCACAAAGUACUCCUGGAGCUGCUGCAGCCACCGAGGCCCCAGCUGCAGUCAGUGUGUCUGUGCCGAACCUGCAACCAACCAGUCUUCCUGCUCGGGUGCUAAACGGCUCUGAUGCAAAUGCAACUUCCACUGGCAACAGCAGUGUGAGCAUCAAUGUGACUAAAGCUGUGGAAACCACCUCUCAGUCGCCCGAACCAAAGAAAGAUAAUGAUACCUUCACCACCUCUCCUGUAGCACCUGCUGUUCCAGAAACCAAUUCAAACCUAACUGAAGAAAUUACAUCACAACCCCCAAUACUUCCUACUGAGAGCCACACCAGCACCCCUCACAUCACCUCCACCACCACCACCACCACCGCCACCACCACAACUACAAGCCCCCCGCACACACCUCACAAUGCCUCUGUAGACACAACAACCACCAACACGUCCAACCAUCCUUCACCGCUACCUCCUGACUCCAUCUCCACCUCAAAGCAGCCCAUUGAACCCAAAACACACUCAGCCACUUCUGCCCCACAGCCUGGAACUACCGCCACAGCUGCUACCAGCACCCAGUCCAGUUCUACAUCCAGCACCAGCUCCACACAGAUGCUCACAUCUGCACACACGUCACAGUCCAUUGCACCCCGAGAACAAGCAAAGUCCACCAAUGCCCAGCCGAGCACCCCAGCCGCCCAGGCUGAAGCCCACGCCGACACCCCUUCCCAACUCAACGUGGGUGGUGACACUAUGAUGGUCCACGAGUCCCCCACAUUAGACCCUCUGCUGGCCGGCCUGGUGACAGCCUUCAUCAUCACUGCCGUCAUCAUCACCCUGCUCCUCUUCCUCAAACUGCGCCGAAGAGACAACCGACCAGAGUUCCGCAGGCUGCAAGAUUUACCCAUGGAUGACAUGAUGGAGGACACACCUUUGUCCAUGUACAGCUACUGAUGACUGCAUUUUCUCCUUCAAACCAAACACAUGCUGCAGCGUUGGUUUGCCCUGAUCUGCACCACACAGAAAGAGGCCUGAGCAGGUGCAAGCAAACGUACGACUUGCUUUCAUUUACUCAGAUCAUGUUGAAAAAGACGUGACUGAAGCUGUAAUGGACAAUGAAGACACCCCCCCCCCCAUGGCAGCGUCCCUAUAGAAAGUCUAUUUUAAUGCCUGUAAUUACAAAUUAGGUGAAGGCCUCUGUUAAUACUGUACUGGUUGAUGUUUUUCAACUCAUUUGUUUGAGGUGGUGUAAUACGUUUUGAUUUCCCUGGAGAUGGAAAGUGUAGAUGUGAAGCACAAGGCAACAUCGUCAGCUGUAUCCAUCUGUGUGACGGUUUAUGCCUGGACACAGAUUCAGACAGUCCUGACAGACUUUUACCAGGAGACUCUAGCAUAAUUUCCUUUUUACCAGUUAAAGCUUCAGUAGGCAGAAUUGCUUGAGUUUCAUCUGCAGGUUAUUGAAAUCCAAACUCUGUGGGAUCACGAGCUCCUCUCGUCAGACGAGCAACUGCAGAUCCACACGUUUCGGAGGUGACAGAGGACAGCUCUCCAUCUCUGAAAGCCUUUACGGUUAUUGACACACAUUAUAUUGCUUUUUUGUCUUGACAUUUCUAAGGCCAACUCGCACUUUCAAGGCGGAGGCUGAAACACCUCUCGUUCUCUUUGAAGGGAGCUGUGUCGUGAAUAGCCAAACUGCAUUGUGGGUCUGUUGUGCUGCUUUAAAGCAUCCAAACGGAGCUCUCAGACACGACCGUACCCACAGUGUGGGUGUUUUUGUCGGAAAGAAUGCUCCAGCAAUGGCUGAAGUGAGUUGAUCUGCAGACUCUUGUCUUUAGAGCACAGGAAGUUGUUGCCACCGGAAGGAACCUGCAUACAGCAUAGGUGCAGUGCAACAAAAAACAAGAGCAUCUGCUUUCUCUUCAAACUGCCCCGUGAUUGGUCAAACCCUUCUGUCACUCCAUGCUACAGAUUUAGUCGUAAGGCUGUAGAUAGAACCCAGAGGACAUGCAGAAGUAUUGUUCUCUCAGAUCACUGAACCUUUACAUUAUGCUGAAAGGUUAAUGUGGGAAUUAUUGAUCAAAAUGCCAAAACAAAUCCUGCCUACUGUAACUUUCAUGUUUUAGAAUCUGGUAGACAAACGUUCUAAUAUUCAGACGGAGAGGUCAGAGAAGAGAGAGGAACGGGACAAUGACAAAUGGCCUAAUUAUAGAGUUAAUGAGGUUGCACUUUACUUUCACGAGUGAAAAAAGUGGACAAAUAUUUUUGUGUAUGAGAGAUAAACGAGAUUUAUGUGCAUAGGUUGUAUGCUUUUAUGUGUGUGCGUGCGCAUGACAUGUGAGGAUGUUAAGUGGGUUUUUCUUAAAGGCAUGGCUGAAUAUAUUUAAGUGUUUUUUUGUGUGUGAUAAAAUCCUGCUGCCUUGCUCAAGUUGAAUUAUGUUCUUUUGUUGCUUUCCUUCUUCGGUCCAGGAGACCGUACCUUAUACAGUAUAUAGGGUCAGCUUUUUCUGCAUUCUCUAUUUGUACUGCAGCCAACUAACUCCCAGAUUUGCAAGUCUUUUCCAGUAUUUUGUGUGAUUCUUCUUUUUUAACAACCACACACACAGACUCACACACACACACACACACACACUGAUGGCCCGGUAGCUGCUCUGACUUGCCUGUGUUUGAAGAAGUAGCCUUGAGCGUGUUCAACAUGAGGCACUCAUUCAGACGAUGACAGUUGCAGACUGAGUUUGGCCAUUGUCCUUUCCACACAAUGUUAGCAUUGUCCUGUGCUUUGUAAAUACUACUGAUGACUGUACUGUGCAAAAACAACACACUUUAUGUACAUUUUCACCUUUGUUUGCUCCUUAACGAUGUACUAAAAAUCCAUCAAACAUAUUCAAAUGUUGGACGGACUGAAAUGACACAGCACCUUGUUCCCAGCAGGCAGGUUUCAGAAAGAGUAUUGAUUUUACUUGUAUUUUCACUUUGAAAAUGUGAGACAUACAGGAAAUAAAAUAAUGAUCCCCAUCAAUACAAAACAGUGACACACAGUGACAUGAAUCUGAAGCAUAUACUGGAGCUAAAUGUAGUUUAAAAAAGUCAUUCUUAGAAAAACCCGGAGACAAAAGUGCCUUAUGGAAGCAUUAAUAAGCCCCCAGAAGAGCUUCAGUGCUACUUCUCGUCUAUGGCUACAAUCACACUUUUACACAAGUGCUCCUACGAUGGAGAAGUCUGAAAAUGUCCGGUGUAGUUUGAAAGCUUUUAGUCUGGACGGGCAGGAACAAAGACCUUUGAAAACAAUGACGCAGUUACCCACAUUCACUUCCUGAUUUACUUGUUUUGUAUUUUGAUGAUGGAAGAGGGGAGUGUUGUCUCGGUUGAGAUCUGGUGAAGGCUAUUGUAGCACAUAAUAUGUGAACAUCCAGUAUUAAAUGAGACACUUUGGGUUCCUAAUUUAGGGUCAAAGUUGUCUGUUUUGGUCCUGUAUUUAUGCAUUUCCUUUAAGUGUCAAAAGUAUUCUGACCGCAAAGGGAGUCUUUGCUGCCAAAUGUGGAUAAUGGACGGUUGUUUUUGUUGUAUGAGUAAAGGUAUUUUGAAACAA